AUGCCCAAGGCUGCCAGCCGCCGGCGCAGCCGCUCCUCCCUCGAGCGUCCCCUCCUCAGCGACACGGACGGGCUCCGCUCCGAGGCCGCAGAACUCUCUCCGCGCCCCGACCACCCCGAGCUGCACGACCCGCGCGACUCCAACGACUACAUCGGCGCAUACUCGGAGGACAUUGACCACGACGAGAACGGCAACGGAAACGACAGUGGCGACGACGACGAGUACGCGCACGACUACGAACACCGUACGCGCCGCCGGGUCUCUUUCCUCGACAUGGUGCCUUCGCGCCGCGACAAGGUGUCCCUGGGGCUGAUUGUGAUUGGCCUUGCGCUCUUCCUCCCGCUCACUUGGGCACUGGUCCUGACGGCCAACGUGCGCGCGCUGGGAUGGUUUGCGCCGCACCCCCCACUGAACGCGCUGGCCAUCACGGCGUUUGUGCUGGGCAUCAUGCCCGUGCAGCCGCCCACGCCGCCGGCGGGGAUCCGCGCGGCGCGGCUGGGCGUCCACCAGCGCGUCCUCCUCGGCAUCGCGCUGCCGGCCAUGACCAUCGGCACGAGCUGCAUGUACUGGAACAAGCACAUCCAUGGCGCCGCGCACAUUACGACGUGGCACGCGCGGUUCGGUAUCGCGACCUUCUGCUGGAUGUGGCUGCAGGCCGCGUUCGGCGCCGCAAGUGCGUGGAAGGGUGGAGCGGCGUUUGGCGGUGGCAUGAAGGCCAAGGCCAUGUACAAGUACCACCGGGCGUCGGGAUAUGCUCUUGUUGCGCUCAGCCUCCUCACGGCCGUGCUCGCCGGCGGAUACUCGACGUGGGCCAUUUCGCGCGGGGAGCAGUUUGUGCCCCUCCGUAUCGUCGCGUUUGGCGUCGGCAUCCCGCUCGUGUUCGUCGGCCUCGCUAUGCGUGUUCGCCCCAGCAAAAUGAAGUUUACAUAG